AUGAACACCUUCUUUGCAACCAAGCAACAACGUGGAAACCUUAUGAAGGAGGACCGUCACGUCAAUGUUGAGCAAAACCAAGACGACAUGGAGGAGCUUAUGAAACUAUUCUCUGGUCUUUCUCUUAACUGCAAUGAAACCAAAGCGAAAAUGGAGGAAGAAAACGACGAAUCAAUGGAGUCAUCAUUGCAAACCACCACCACCACCACCACCAAGAACGAGCCAAAUCAGGUCGUCCUCAAUUUGUCUGAUUCAGCACCUUUGGCUUUCUCACAACCAGCAACACAAGAUUUCGUCUCGGAAUCUCAAGGUCUCGAUGCUGCUGGAGACGAAAUUGAAGCUGAAAUGAUGGCGACUUACCUUUCGCUCCAUCCUUCUUCGGAACUCGCCACAAGCAAUGCUUCUGUAACCGAGCUUGCUAGACGGUUCUCCGGACUUUCUAUCGACUGCAAUGCGAUGGAAGUUGACCAAGACGAAAUGGACAUUGAUCUACCGGAAAUUUAUUGGAUGCAAGUUGAUUUUGAUGAAAUGGAAAUCGACCUACCUGAAAUUGACUGGAUGCAAGUCGAUACUGAUGAAAUGGAAGUCGAUGGUCCAUCGAUCUUCCGUAGAGAUCGCCAACCCGUACCCCGCUUCCGCAUGCGACCUUUCUCGAAACAAUCUUCUUCUUUUCAGUGCUCUUGA